CGGUGUUGCUGCGACGAAACGUAUUUUAUACACAGCGGCCUGUGCGCUCAGUUAUACGCUGUAAUUUUUUGUCUUUGGUGGAGAUUUUGUCUCUGCAAUCCAUCACCAACAUGAAACUCGUACGCUUUUUGAUGAAACUCAGCCACGAGACUGUGACCAUUGAGCUGAAGAAUGGAACCCAGGUCCAUGGAACUAUCACAGGUGUGGAUGUGAGUAUGAACACUCACCUGAAGGCGGUAAAGAUGACUCUGAAGAACCGUGAGCCCACCCAGCUGGAGAGCCUCAGUAUCCGUGGGAACAACAUCAGAUACUUCAUCCUGCCGGACAGCCUGCCGCUGGACACUCUGCUGGUCGACAUAGAACCCAAGGUCAAGAGCAAGAAGAGAGAGGCUGUGGCUGGGCGUGGAAGAGGCAGAGGAAGGGGGCGUGGCAGGGGGAGGGGCCGAGGCAGGGGAGGGCCCAGGAGAUGAUCGCCAUUACUACGCGGCUGUCAGUCAUGUCCUAUUGUUUGUACAGCAACGUUUUUGUUUUGUCAUUUUUCUGAGGAAACUUUUGUGAAUCCCGAGCCCGACUUGUUUGUUAUUUUGUAUAUUAAAGAUAUUCCACAUGAA